UCUCAGGCGUCAGCUGUUUACAAGCACAGAUGACGGACUUACCGUUUGGACGCUGUCAGUGGGAAACAGUUGAUGUAGAAACUCCGGACAGACUCUUGACUGAACGCUCCCUGUUUACAAGCCGAUCAGGAUGCUCACAUUUAAAUCGUGCAUUUAAAACCCGAGGAUGUGGACCACUGCAGUAACAUGAGAAUGGCUCACCUGCUAAAGCUCCUCUAAUUCCAUUUGCUGACCGUAGGAUCUGUCUCAACAGCUUAGCAUGUCUUUACAGGAGGCUAAUGUAUGCUGCAUCGAAAGAAUCAUACAAUCAGCUGCAGGUAGAAACCAGGAAACGGUUUAAUGCAUGCUCUGGAUCCAGGAACUUCCUCUUUGCUUGGACUUCCAGCUUCCCUCCUUCAAUGAACAAAGCACAUUCAUGUCCAAAGCAGCUGGGCAACACAAAAGCAACAAUCCUCCAUGAUGGCUGUGUCUUCACUCUACAUUACAGAGGAGCCUGGAGCUGGAAUCACUGAACUGGAUAUAUGUGUCCUAAACAAUAAUGUGCAAUAUGAAGUCAUCCCGUCUGUUGUGUGCUCCAUCUGCCUUUCAUUCGGCCUCAUCUACUGCUUUUUUGGCUAUCGCUGCUUCAAGAUGGUCAUGUUCUUCUCCGGGUUCAUGUUUGCCUCAUCUGCUGCGCUCCUGUUCUUCCAUAAGGAGCCAGACUUCACGGGUCAGCUGAGAGAGGACGCCAAGGCGGGCAUCGGGCUGGGAGUCGGCGUGCUGUGUGGACUGUCUACCGCGCUGGUGUCCACGCUGGGACUCCUCCUCUGCGGCCUGCAGCUCGGGAGCCUCCUCUCCGUGUCCAUGCUGGUGAUUGUGGGCCAGUUCCACAGCCUCACUCCGGUGUGGGCGCCUCUUUGCGCCGUACUGGCGGCCAGCAUCGCCUCUGCUGUGUUCACGCUGCAGUGGCAAAGGAUGUUCAGCAUCUUCUACACGUCUGUGUUUGGAGCCGCCACCGUGAUGCUGUGCGCGGACUUCAUGGUGGGCGCGUUUGUGCUGCCGCGUCAAGUGUAUGACGUGUUUUGUGAAGCGGCUCCGCGACCCUUCUGCUGGUUUAACUGGGCGAUCACUGGGAUCUGUCCUGUUUUGAGCACCGUGGGCGUGUUGGUGCAGUGGUGGUUCACUGCGAGAGGAGUUUCACACUGUGAAGGUGCAAAUAAAAAACAGAAGAAAUAUGGAACAAAGCAGAAAAAUAGAGAAGGAAGGAGAAGAUCCCGGCCGUACCGUCAGCGCAGGCCUCCGCCUCUGAAGCGAUACGCUGGCGACGUCCUCGCACCAAGUUAUCUCCACAAACUCCAAGAGCGUCAACUGGGCACCGGCUCCUCCACCAGCAGCGUCAGCACCAUCACACACACCCUGAUCGACUUCAACUUCGAGACGGGCUCCAUGGUGCCUCUUACCUCCGCCUCCCACAUCUUCACAGUCUGAACAAGCACGGCUAACCGAAAGAGCAAAUCUCUGGGAAAGUAACUUUGAACUGUUUACUUUCACAAAACGUGUUCAGAUAUUUCAGUAUCUGCUUUGGGUUUUCUUCGCAAGCUUCAUUAGAAAAUUGUCGUCUUUCCUGAUUGUUAAAUUACGUUUAUUAUUCCUCAGCCUCAUAACUCCAACAUUCUUUGAGAAGUAUUAUUCUCAAAUAUUUGUAUUCACCUUUGAAAAAAAAAAGUGUGCUGUUAAAUGUAAACAUCAGAAAACCUUUCUUUUUUAAAGGUGACCUUUAAUGCUUCCAACCAGGUUAGGAUUGGCCUUCGAAUUAUAAAAAAAAUGCAUUCAUUACAAUUUUUUUGUACAAAAUCAUUCAUAGAUUUUGGGAUUUUAGUCAAGUCUGUUCUAUCUAUUUGAGUUCCUUCUCUGAAAAGCAUUAGUAGAGCCUGCUGCACAACCAACAAGAAUGCAGCAACUGUUUUCUGGAUAGUAAGUCAACUAAAAAACACUUGACUUUUCCAGCAGCCAUUAUACAGUGCAUACAGCAGUAAAGCCAGCUGAUCAAACAUGCUGGAGCUCAGCAAGAGCAGCACAGUGCCCACUGAUUGUGUCACGUUUAGAUUUAGGAGGUUUUUUAAACGGCUCAUUUUCCAGAUACUAAAAAACAUUUUUAAGUGCUCAGGCCCAAAUAAAAACAUGCAAAAUGUGAAUUUACAUUAUAGGUCUCCUUUAGAAAAUGUUCCUUCAUGUUUGGAACAGUCCAUGCCACUUGAUGCAUCCAGAUCCAAACCAUAUCUUAUUUGGGCAAUGAUAUGGGUGUCCUGAUCAAGGCAUUUUAGAACAAUGUUGGUCAAACUCAACUCCCAACACCUGUUGUUCUUGGACUGGCUGUGAUUUCAUGUCAGCUGUAUCCAAGAUGUUAGCCAACAAGCUCUGUGGUCACGGUUUGUGCUUCAGACUUUUUAAACAUGGCAGCCAAUUUUUAUGUGCAUGACUUGCAAACUGUGUCAGUUUUUAUACUUUAUUAUAAGCUCUGCAUAUUAUUUUGUUGGGUAUUUUCCUGACAAAGUGACUGUUUUUUGAGACUUAGAUGGAUGUUUGCAGAAAAAAAAAGAA